GAGAUGGCUAAAGAUAAAGUACAAGAGGACCCAUUAUCUGAAUAUUAUUAUAGAGAUAGUAUGAGUGGUCAUAGUAAUAUAUUAAGUUGUGAUAACAUAUUUGAUGACAAUUUAUACAUAUAUAUGGUGAUGCCUUUUGCUGUACAUGGGGAUUUAUUUGAGGUUAUGAAAAAUAGGAAUAAGUGUUUUAAUGAAGAAGAAGCAAGGUAUUUAUUUCAUCAGAUAUUAUUAGCGAUAAAAUUUUUACAUUCGAAAAAAAUGGCUUUACGUGAUAUAUCUCUAGAAAAUAUACUUUUAUUUGAGAAUGAGAAAAAUGGAUUAAUAUAUCCAGUUUUAAAUGAUCCUGGACAAGCAAUAUAUUUUAAUGUGAAUAAAAGAAAUAAUGUAAUAUUAGAAGAUUAUAAAAAAAUGUUUGGUAAAAUAUUUAGACCUCCUGAAAUAUAUAUGAAAUGUAAAUAUGAUCCAACAAAGGUAGAUAUAUUUUGUGUUGGAUAUAUUCUUUAUUUUUGUUUAACAAAACAUGAACUUUUUAAAUGUUCUUUAGACAAAGACGUUUAUUGGAAAAUGUUUAAAAAUAAAAAUUAUAAACAAUUAUUAAAAGAAAAAAAAGGAUUACAUUUAUCAAAACAGGUUAUUGAUUUAAUUUUUAAUUGUUUACAUCCA